AUGUAUCCAUAUUACACUCCAUUUGGAUUUCAUACAGGCUCUGAAAACCAAGUUACUUCUGUUGGAAAAACGUUUGUCACAGCAUUUCUGCAAAACCAGGAUUUUAAGGAAAUGCCUCAAUGGGAAAUAGUUGUGACUGGCACUUCACCUAACACCACAGUUACUUUCACUCUUAUGAACUCCAAUUUUAGUAAGGUUAUGGAGAUUGGCAAACAUGAAUCUGUUACAAUUCCUAUCACAUCUAUUGAUGAGUUGAAAGGAACAGCAUUAAGUCCACAUGCAGUGCAGAUUACAGCUGAUGCAGAUGUCACUGUGAUGUCUCGUAAUUACAGAAACAAAAGUGGUGAUAUGACUUUAAUUUACCCUGUUCAUCAGUUGGGAUUUGAAUAUUUUAUAAUUACCCCUCAAAAGGGACCAGAAAAUCAAUAUAAAGAAUUCUUAUUGGUUUCAUAUGAAAAACCAACAACUGUUGACAUCUAUCUAAAGGGUACUAUAAAUUAUAAUGGGACUAAUUAUUUAAAGGGCGACAAGAUGACACUGAACCUUGAGCCAUUCAAUAUUAUUCAAAUUCAGAGUAAAGAUGAUCUCUCGGGCACUAAGGUUGUAUCUCAACAUCCUGUGGCUGUCAUGACGGGGCACACAUGUGCUGAGAAUAACAUAAAAUGUUCCCAUGUCUAUGAACAGCCGUCUGCUGAAAGUUAGGGAACCUCAUUCUUUAUCCUGAACUUAUCUUUCCAGACUAACCAUGACAAUGUCUUAGUUAUGGCUUCUCAAAACACGUCCAUUCAGUACCAAUCUUGUGGAAAAAAAGUGUCAAAAAAUGUGGAAGCUGGAGAAAUGGUUCAGAUUAAUGGCUGUAGCUCUUCACCAUUGACCAUUGACAGCAAUAGUGAAGUUCAAGUUUUGCUUCAUGGCACCAGUAGGAUAUUGAAGCACAGGCCUAUUGGUUCAUUUCUAACUGUUAUACAAGCCAGUAAAUCAUUUGGCUUUACAUAUAACCUUAUUGGACAAGAUAUGUUUGAAUCUAAUGUGGCUGUUCUUACAAUCAAGACCUCAAGUGUUCCUGGUGUUACUUUUGAUGGGAAGUCUCCAACAGACAUUGAGUGGAAAAAUGUCCCUGGAUCUGAGUACUCCUACGCAGAAUAUGACUAUGGCAGUGGCUUCAGCUUUCAUACUGUCCAGCACCCUACAACACCCUUUGGACUUCUCAGUAUUGGGUACUCAAAGAACAUGACCUAUGGAUUUGUGGCUCCCUGUAUUAAAGGGGUAACCAAUAGUUUAUACCAGAAUGUGAUAUCAUCUCUAGAUUUAUUUAAAGAAAGACGAGAGAAAAGCAGAUGUGAGGUUUUGUCUGGUGACAGCGAGGUAGUGGGAAUCGAUCUCCACCAGUGUGCAACUUGCAAAUAG